UUAAAUUUUCAUCAGUCAACACGCAGAGCGAUCUGAUAAAGUCUCGCGCCACACUCUAAAAGUUGCAUUUGCGAAAAUUGCGUCUCACAAUUCCAAGUAAAAUCUCCGGGAUACACGCAAAUUAUAAUGGACGUGAAUUCGUCGAGUGUGACUUUGGUGGCGGUGAGUAAGCGGAUGGGCAGCCUCGACCUGGCCGUGUUUUCGGCCAUGCUGGCCUCGUCGGCGGUGAUCGGAUGCUACUUUGGCCUGUGCGACGGCCGAAAGAAAAACAGCACCCAGGAGUAUUUGAUGGGCGGCCGAAACAUGGGCAUGCUGCCGGUGGCCCUCAGCCUGGUGGCCAGUUUCAUCUCGGGCAUCACCAUCCAAGGCGAGCCCGCCGAAAUUUACACGCACGGAACUCAAUACUGGUGCGUUUUGCUUGUGAGCUACCUGGCUAGUUUCGUGGCAGCCAUGCUGUACAUACCAGUUUUUGUAAAUUUGCAGUUGAAUUCUUGUUACGAGUACCUUGAACUGCGUUUCAACACAAAAGUGCGGAAAAUGGCCUCAAUUCUUUUUGUUAUCUCACAGGUGGCUUAUAUACCUGUGAUAAUUUAUAUUCCCUCGUUGGCGUUCAGCCAAGUCACUGGAAUCGACGUCAAUUUAGUGGUGCCAGUGGCUUCGGCGAUUUGCAUUUUCUACACAACAAUUGGUGGAUUGAAAGCGGUCGUAUGGACAGACACGCUUCAAUCAGUACUUAUGAUGUGCGCGAUGAUAACCGUGUUUGUGAUUGGCCUGAUUAACAUUGGUGGCUGGAGCAAUGUUUGGAGAGCAAGUGAAAGAGGACACAGACUUGAAUUUUUCAACCUUGACCCCAACCCUACCGAACGUCACACAUUCUGGACCCUUUUGAUCGGUGGUUUCUUCAACUAUUUGUCUCCAUUUACAACAAACCAGGGCAUGGUGCAGCGCUACCUGGCAGUUCCCGAUUUGAAAACAGUCUACAAGUGCUUGGCGUGUUUCGCCACAGGUCUUGUCCUGUUCAAAUCGCUAAGCAUCGCCACCGGUCUCCUGUUGUUCGCCACCUACGAAGGUUGCGACCCUGUGGCCGCUCACAAAAUCCAGCGCCAUGACCAACUGAUGCCCUUCUUUGUGCUCGACGUCGCUGGACACAUUCCCGGCCUGGGUGGACUUUUCGUCGCCGGAAUUUUCAGUGCUGCUCUCAGUUCAAUGUCGACGGGAUUGAAUGCCCUGUCAGGAGUUCUGGUCGAAGACUUGCUGGCGCCCUGGUUGCCAAAGGAGAAUAAAAUUCUGUGGCUGCGAAUUGCGGCCGCCGUUUGCGGUUUCGUUUCUCUGGCGCUCGUCUUUGUUGUGCAACACUUAGGAGGUGUGCUGCAGGUGGCUUUAAGUUUGGGAGGAAUUACUCUGGGUGCACUUCUUGGCGUUUUCACCCUUGGAAUGUUUUUCCCGAAGGCAACCAGCAAAGGCGCCCUGAUUGGUUCCAUCUUAUCUCUUGUCGUGACUGGCACGAUUGUCCUCGGUGCCCAGGCAGCCCUUUUCACCGGAGCCUUGCGCCAUCCAAUUCUGCCAGUUUCAACGGAAACCUGCGCCGAAAACAGAACCCUCUUUUUAGACAAUAUUCCCAUCCUUGACGCACCUCACGACAAUUCUGGCGUGUGGUUCAUCUUCCGCAUCUCCUACUGGUAUUACACGGUUAUUGGUACGGCCAUUGUGCUCGCCGUCGGCUACCCUGUCAGCAUCUUCUGCGAAACGGACGUUGAGGACCAGCGACCCCGCAAGAGAAAUCUCUUCUCGCCCGUCAUCCAACGCUACCUUCCAGCCGACGAGGACGACAAAAUGCCCGAGAAAAACCCUCUGGUCACUCUUAGUGAGGAGGCAAUAAAUUAUAAAUAUUGCUUAGCAGACGUUAAAUAAAGUAAGUUGUUCAGAGUUCAAAAACUUUUGAUCGAUUUGUUGGCUUUAUUAUGUGGGCCAAAGCAUAAAUAAUAAAUAUAGCCUGAGGCAAAUGGAUGUGAAUUGACUCACGGUAUGGCGCGCAAAAAUAAAGGCUUUUCUUUAGAGAUACGAAUUUAAUAUCCAGGAAAAUUCAUUGGUUUGAAAUAAAUCUUAAAAUUUUGGGAAAAUACUGAAACUUAAAAUAUUGAAUUAUUAAAAAUUAAAAAUAUGUGUAAAUAAAUUACAAUGUCUGCUUAUGGGAUUUGGAUUAAAAAUAUAGAAAUAAGCGUUCCAAGGGUUUUGCGUGUGUAAUUUAAAUAUAUAUAACUUUCCAAAACAAAUAUUGUUUUGUAUAUUUCACGAAGGCAAACAAACAUAAAAAAUUAUGACAAUUUAUAGAAGUAGUAAUUUUACACAUUAUUGUGAAUAAAAUUAAUGCAAAGUCAUUAUUACGGCCGUGAUUGUGAGUUG